CCACCCGAAGCACAGUUCUAACAUGUCCAAGUCCAACUCUUCACUAAAAAUAACUAACCAUCUACCUACACCGCCUUUAAUACGACGCUGCACCACACUUCUAAUAGAGCUCAGCUUUCGCACACAUCUGCUUAUAUCCAUAGUCUUGCGUCUUGUGCUCAUCGCUUAUGGCCAUUGGCAUGAUGUGCACUCAGAGGUGCCUUACACGGACGUAGACUAUAAAGUAGUCACGGAUGGCGCACGACAUGUGCUCCAAGGUGGCACCCCUUUCAGCAGGCAUACCUAUCGCUAUAGUCCGAUUUCGGCAUAUAUACAAAUACCAAAUAUACUGGUACAUCCAGCCGUUGGGAAAGUGAUUUAUUCAGCAUUCGACAUUUUCGUGGCGAUAUUAAUUUAUGUACUCGUACGUCUACAGCUGCAAGUGCAAUGCCGUAAAGCUGUGCAUGCCUUAUUGAGUAAGUUUGGCAAAAUAAGAUCUGCACAGCAUUACAAUGAGACUGAUGCACGCAAUAAGCCGGAGAAUAUAGCACGUGCCUCGGCUUGCUUUUGGCUAUACAAUCCUCUGACAGCAGUCAUUUCGACCAGAGGAAAUGGCGAUAGCUUCUCGAGUUUCUUUGUUAUAUUAGCAGUAUACUUGCUUGUGAAAUCUGAAGUCACAGAACGAGGUGCGAAUUGGUUGAUAUUCACAGCGGGCUUAGCGCACGGCUUUGCUAUACAUCUGCGGCUUUAUCCACUGCUCUUCAGCCUCGCCUACUAUCUCUGCUUGUCGACGAGCCUAGCGCGUAAUACACGCGAUUUUCUACGACAACUGUUAUUUCCCUCAUACAGACAAUUGCUGCUGGUACUUGGCACAUGCAUUGCACUUUUUGCCGUUACUGGAUUCUUUUACCGCCUCUACGGUUGGCAGUACAUAUACGAAGCGUAUUUGUAUCACUUUGUACGACGUGAUGUGCGACAUAAUUUUUCGCUAUACUUCCUCUUACAAUAUCUCAGUGGAAAUGCCACAGAGACCUCGCUUAUAGAGAAACUACUUAUAUUGGCGCCACAACUAUUUUUACUGCUCUACUUAAGCUUCAGUUUUGGACAGUUUCGACAGACAUUAACCUUCUGUGUGUUUGCACUGGCGUUUGUUAUGGUCACCUUCAAUUCGGUGGUCACUUCCCAAUACUUCAUUUGGUAUUUGGCACUGUUACCGCUUUGCCUCAACAAUUUACAAUCGAUUUCGGUCAGGCGUGCAUUUGCCUACUUUGGCGUAUGGUUGCUGGGACAGGUUCUUUGGCUAUUGCCGGCAUAUCUAUUGGAAUUUAAAACAUGGAAUACUUUCUAUUGGAUUGGAGUGCAGGGUGUUUUAUUCUUCUUAAUCAAUAGUUAUUUACUAAUGCGUCUGAUUGAACACUACAGCUUUACAUCAUUUAAGGUGAACUUCAAAAAGCUAUUUUAAUCAUAGAAUAUUUUAUACUACAACUAAACUCGUAUUUA